AUGGAGCUGUUGACGAAGCAAGGAUGGUCAUCAGCAUAUUCGAUCGAGUCGCUCAUCCUACAGAUAGCAGCGACUCUUGUCAAGGGGAAGGCUAGGAUACAAUUUGAGGCUAAGGCGCAAUACAGUCUUGCAAGAGCUCAGCAGUCGUUCAAAUCACUGGUACAGAUUCAUGCUAAGUCGGGCUGGUAUACACCGCCCACAACUGAGGGAUAA